AUGGAGAGAGUUGAGGACUUUUGUGUUCUGUAUCAGGUCAAAGAAAUGGAUGACAAAUUGGUAAAAUUGCGCAAAGGAGUUACCUUGAUCAGGUCAGUAGUAUCAAAAGAACCUCUCAUCCAAAAGUCUAACCGACCGAAGGCAAUUGAGGAAAUGUAUUUAGAGAAAUUAAGUCAGUGGAAAAAGCGGAAAAGGAUGUUCAAGGAUGUGUGGGAUGCUAUAACUGAGAACUCACCCAAGGAUCUAAAAGAAAUCAAGGAGUUGGGUUUAAUAAAUAUAUUUAUGUUUUUGCUGGAGGAACUUGGACUUGAAUAUGAUGAAGAUGGUGUGAGCCUGCAGUCAUUCAGUGACCUGCUGCAACAUGGCAAGAAGCGAGCCAAAGGCCAGGCAGCUGAGCCACUUGCCUCCUGUGCUUCUAUGCUGCGCACUCUUCAGAAUUUCUUCAUGCCUUUGUGUUUUAGUCUAAUUGGUAAUAAGAAAGGUGCACACCUGAUGCUAGGGAGUCCUUGA